AUGGGUAAUAUAACCAUUAUUAGCAAUGAUAGUGAAGUGUAUGAUGUAAGACUAGACAAUGAUACAUACGUUAUUUUAAAAGUACGUCGCUUUGGUGAUGUUCUCUAUGAUCAAGAAGCAUGGGCAAUAAAUGAAUGUCGUAAACAUGGUGUACCUGUACCACAAGUAUUAUUUGUAAGAAAAGAAUUGAUUGACAAUGAAAUGCGAGACAUUAUGAUCUUAGAAAAAUUGAAAGGAAAAUCAUUUAGAAAAGUGAUUGACGAACAAAAUAUAAGUGAAAAUGAUGUUGUACGAGUUUUAGAACAAGCUGGUAUCAUAUUAAAAAAAAUACAUUCAGUCAAAGUUAAUGGUUAUUGGCGUUUGAAUCAUAAUAAUCAAUGGGAUUUCGAUUCUUGGGCUGACUAUAUCAAGUCAAUAAUCAAGGACAGAAUUGAAGAUAAAAAAUAUCUGUUUGAUGUUGGCUUUACUGAAGAAGAUGUCAAUUUCAUCAUGAAAUGUCAUGAUCUAUUUAUGAAUAAUUAUGAAUGUCACCAACCAGUUCUAUGUCAUGGUGAUUUCACACAUGAACAUUGGUAUGUAGAUGAAAGUCUGAAUAUAACAGGCAUUAUUGACUUUGGUGAUAUGCAAGGUGGACCUGUGACGACAGAUUUUGCCAUUUUUAAAACGUAUGAACUAGAAUCAGAUAUUAGUUCAUUAAUAAGAGGUUAUAAUGGUAUCAAUAAUUUUUCAAUUGACGAAGAUUUCAAUCAACGACUAGAUCUUCAUACAAUAAUUAUAUUAGUUGGCUGUUUGACAUACUUCAAAAAAGAAAAUAAUACAAAAGAGAUUGAGCAAACUGUUGACUCGCUUAAGAAAACAAUCGAUGAUUUAAAAAAACAAUAUCUGUAG